CAUUCUCACACUCUUCGAGCUUCUGCUCUGUUUUUACUCUUCUCCUCGUUUCGGCCGCCGCCAGCCUCUCUUCUUCUCCGGCGGCGACUCCUCCCCUCGACGGCGUGGGUCUUUCAGGCGAUUCCUCCACGAACGGUGCGGUGAGACUCGAACCUGCGGUGGCGCGACGAUACUGAUUUCUUCCUUUGACGAAGUUCUGCACUGACCCAGCAAAAACCCGAGUUGUUUCGCUCAUUGAGGUCGUGUCGUGAAGAUGGCGCCACCUUCAAAAAAAUCACUGGAUGGCCCAAAGUUCAAUAAGCAUUCCAAGAAGGCAUUCAAAUCAAAGAAAAAACCGAAUGAUAUAGCUAGAACCGAAGCCAUGUCGUUGCAGAUUGAAGAUGAUGUUCCGGACUUCCCCAGAGGCGGAGGUGGUUCAUUAAGCCAAAUGAAACGUGAAAAAGUACAUGCCCAAGGAGAUGAGGAGUUUCGAACCGGAGAUCUGAAGAUGACAACAAAGAGGGGAAAGAUGAGAAGAAAGCAUUCAUCAAAUGAGGAUGAUUUGGACUCCCUAUUGAACAGUGGUGUAGUGGGGAACCUCCCUAAGUAUGCAAAUAAGAUAACUUUGAAGAAUAUAAGUCCAAGAAUGAAACUUUGGGGAGUCGUUGCUGAAGUAAAUAAAAAGGAUCUUGUUAUUAGUCUGCCUGGGGGCUUACGUGGAUUAGUGUGUGCUGCUGAUGCUUUUGAUCCAAUUUCGGAAAAAGAAAUCGAGGAUCCGGAGCAUGAUUUACUUUCUGUCAUGUUCCAAGUUGGGCAACUGGUUCCAUGUGUUGUGCUGAAAGUGGAUGAUGACAACAAAGAAUCAGGGAAGAGAAAGAUCUGGCUUUCAUUACGUUUAUCUAUUAUGUACAAAGACUUCUCAUUGGACCUUCUUCAAGAAGGAAUGGUUCUGACAUCAUAUGUGAAAAGCAUUGAAGAUCAUGGCUACAUUCUUCAUUUUGGUUUGAAUUCCUUCACGGGGUUUUUGCCAAAGACCAGCCAAUCUGGACCAGGAAAUGAUGUGCAGGUUGGGCAACUUCUUCAAUGUGUUAUUAGAAGCAUUGACAAAACUCGCAAAGUAGUUUAUUUGAGUUCUGAUCAAGAUAUUGUGUCCAGAUGUGUGGCGAAGGAUCUAAAAGGUAUUUCAAUUGACCUCCUCGUCCCUGGAAUGAUGGUUAGUGCACGUGUACAAUCAACCCUCGAAAAUGGGAUCAUGCUAUCCUUUCUGACUUAUUUUAAUGGAACUGUUGAUAUGUUUCAUUUGCAAGAUAGUUUUCAUUCUUCAAAUUGGAAAGCUCAUUACAACCAGAACAUGAAGGUCAAUGCUCGGAUAUUAUUUAUUGAUCCGUCAACUAGAGCUGUGGGGUUGACCCUGAUUCCACAUCUUGUCCAUAACAGGGCUGCACCUCCAAAUGUGAGAAUUGGCGAUAUAUAUGAUUCUGCAAAAGUUGUUAGGGUUGAUAGAAGAUCAGGACUGCUUCUUGAAGUAACCUCUUCUCCAGAGUCAACACCAACAUUCGUCAGUGUCUCUGAUAUGGCUGAAGAGGUCGUGAAAAAGAUUGAAAAGAAGUUUAAAGAGGGGAGUCAUGUUCGUGUUCGCAUUCUUGGCUUUAGACAUUUGGAAGGACUUGCCAUUGGGACUUUGAAGGCCAGUGCCUUUGAAGGUCCGGUGUUUUCCUACUCAGAUGUGAAGCCUGGGAUGUUGAUACGUGCUAAAGUUAUUGUUGUUGAUAAUUUUGGUGCUAUCGUGCAAUUUCCUGGUGGUCUUAAGGCUCUGUGUCCUCUAUGUCACAUGUCUGAAUUUGAAAUUGCUAAACCUCGAAAAAAAUUCAAGGUUGGGGCUGAAUUCAUUUUCCGCGUGCUUGGUUGCAAGUCCAAGAGAAUAACUGUUACAAACAAGAAGUCACUCGUAAAAUCAAAACUGGAAGUUCUUAGUUCGUAUGCUGAUGCUAUCGCGGGAUUAGUGACCCAUGGCUGGAUAACGAAGAUUGAAAAACAUGGUUGCUUUGUCAGGUUUUACAAUGGUGUUCAAGGUUUUGCUCCGAGAUUUGAACUCGGAAUAGAAUCUGGUUCUGAUCCAAGUUCAACAUAUCAUAUCGGGCAAGUCAUCAAAUGUAGAAUAACAAGCUCUGUUCCUUCCUCCAAGCGUAUAAGCCUUAGUUUUGUAAUGAAGCCUGCAAGGGUUUCUGGAGAUGAAAAGGUUGAAUUGGGUUCUAUUGUUUCGGGUGUGGUUGAUGAAAUAACCCAGACCCACGUAACAUUUUAUAUUAAUAGAACCAGUUACUCGAGGGGAAGGAUAUCCACUGAACAUUUGUCAGAUCAUCAGGUGCAUGCUGCUUUGAUGAAGUCUGUUUUGAAGCCUGGAUAUCAACUGGAUAAACUCAUUGUACUAGAUAUUGAGGGGGAAAGUUUAAUCCUCUCUGCAAAACAGUCUCUAAUCAAUUUGGCUCAUCAGCUUCCAUCUGACUCGAGUCAAGUAAAUCGAUAUUCUGUUAUCCAUGGAUUCAUUUGUAACAUUAUAGAAACUGGUUGUUUUGUUCGCUUUCUAGGACGUUUAACUGGCUUUUCUCCACGUAAUAAGGCUAUUGAAGAUCAAAAAUUUGAUCUACAUGAAGCAUUUUAUGUUGGACAAUCGGUUCGUAGUAAUGUAGUUGAUGUGAUUAAUGAAACGGGUAGAAUUACACUUUCUUUGAGGCAGUCGACUUGUUUUUCAACUGAUGCUUCCUUUAUGUUGGAAUAUUUUAUGACCGAAGAGAAGAUUGCAAAACUUCAAUCAUUGGAUGAAUCAGACUGGGCAGAAGAAUUUGCAAUUGGUAGUGUGGUUGAGGGAAAAGUUCAAGAGGUCAAGGACAUUGGAGUUAUUAUCAGCUUUGAGAAGUAUCAUGAUGUUUUUGGUUUUAUUGCACUCCAUGGAUCAAGUGGGUCCACAGUGGAAACGGGUUCUACCAUUCAGGCUGCGGUUCUUGAUGUCUCCAGAACCGAACGACUUGUGGAUUUAUCCUUAAAACCCGAAUUAGUUGAUAAACGCAAGGGACAAAAUUCUAGCAGGAAAACUAGUAAAAAGAAACGGAAGGUCGAAGCAUUGGAGGAUUUAGAGGUGAAUCAGACUGUGCAGACUUUAGUGGAAGCUGUGAAGGAAAACUAUCUGGUUCUUUCACUGCCAGAGUAUGGCUAUACUAUAGGUUAUGCAUCUACAUAUGAUUACAAUACCCAAAGGUUUCCUCAGAAACAAUUUACAAUCGGACAAAGCGUUGUUGCUUCUGUUGCGGCUCUUCCGUGUCCCUCAACAUUUGGAAGGCUGCUUCUGCUUCUGAAGUCAAUAAGCGAGGCCAUUGUUACUCCUGGUUCCAAACGAUCGAAAAAGAACUCUUCAUGUGAAGUGGGAUCUCUUGUUCAUGCAGAGAUCACUGAUAUUCAGCCUCUUGAAAUGAGAUUGAAAUUUGGAGUUGGGUUACGUGGACGAGUUCAUGUCACAGAGUGCUGCGCACAGGUAAGUAAUGAGCAUGAUGAAACUUCAGAAGCUCCAUUUAGUAACUUCAGGGUUGGACAAACAGUAGUUGCAAGGAUUGUUGCAGAGGCUAAUCGUGCAGCUAACAGAAGAAAGGGCUACCUAUGGGAGUUGUCUGUUAAACCUGAAGCUCUUAAGGAUUCCAGUGGUGUGGUAAGUGAGAUUACAAAUGAAGAUUUGGGGUUUUCAAUUGGACAACGAAUCACUGGCUAUGUUUGCAAUGUCAGUGGUGAGUGGGCUUGGUUAGCUGUUACUCGAGAAGUGACUGCCCAACUAUUUAUUCUUGAUAGUUCUUGCGAGCCUACUGAACUUCAAGAGUUUUCCAAGCGCUUCAAUGUUGGAAGGGCUGUUUCUGGUCACAUAUCUAACAUUAAUGGCGAGAAAAAAAUCUUACGGUUGGUUUUGCGUCAUUUAUCUACCACCCCAAGAGGAAGAAUUGAUCAAGAAAAUUUUAAGAUAAGUAAUUUGCCGACGGAAAUUAUAAGUAAGAAAGUCGCAUGUCAUUUCAAUGAAGGAGACAUUGUUGGUGGAAGAAUAUCAAAAGUACUUCCAGGUGUUGGUGGGCUGCUUGUUCAAAUUGGUCCCCAUAUGUCUGGCAGGGUUCAUUAUACAGAAAUUACUGACAGUUUGGUGCCUGAUCCGUUGUCUGGAUAUAGUGAAGGACAAUUUAUCAAGUGCAAGGUUAUAGAAAUUGCCCAUUCAGUUAAAGGUACAACACAUAUUGAUUUGUCACUACGAUCUUCAGCUGGCCUCCUCUAUCAGAACAAUGUAGAACACAGUAACCAUGAAAAUAUUUCUUCCCAACGAGUGGAGAAGAUAGAAGAUCUUCAUCCCAAUAUGGAGGUUCAGGGUUAUGUGAAAAAUGUUUCUCCGAAAGGAUGCUUCAUUUUGCUCGCGCGGUGCUUGGAGGCAAAAAUCCUCCUAUCUAAUUUAUCUGACGGAUAUAUUGAUGAUCCUGAGAAGGAGUUCCCCAUCGGAAAACAUGUCCGUGGAAGGAUAUUGUCUUUGGAGCCUUUGUCAAAGCGAGUUGAAGUCACCCUGAAGUCGGUGACUAAAAAUGGUGCAUUGAGAGCAAAUAAUUAUGAUUUAAGAAGUUUUUCUGCUGGAGAAGUUAUAUCUGGAAAGAUUAAACGGGUGGAGUCAUUUGGUUUGUUUAUCACCAUUGAUGAUUCGGAUGUGGUUGGGCUGUGUCAUGCGUCAGAAGUUUCAGACGAUCGUAUUGAUAAUCUAGAAUUUAGAUACCAUGCUGGGGACAAAGUGAAAGCAAAAGUACUAAAGGUGGAUGAGAAAAGACAUAGAAUUGCUCUGGGAAUGAAGAGUUCAUACAUAGGAGAAAGCAGUGAAAUUUAUACGCAUGUGGAACAAGAGCAUGACGAUGUCACUGAUGACGAUGAUCUUAUUGGUGAUAUUAGACUGCCAAUGCAUCUAGAUAGCAGUUCAACCAUGUUCCAGAAUAUGGAUAUUGAAUUGGACAGUGUUGAGCCUGAACAGCCACUUAGUCUAGCAGAAUCAAGGGCUUUUGUUCCUCCACUUGAGGUCAAUCUUGAUGAUGUAGAUGAAACUGAUAUGGAUGGUUUACGGUGCGAAAAUAAAGAGUUGGUGAGUGUUGCAGACUCUCCAAGGGAAAAGGACAGACGAGAGAAGAAAAAAGCUAAAGAAGAAAGGGAAAAAGAGGUGAGGGCUGCUGAGGAAAGAUUAUUGCAGAAUAAUGUGCCAACUACUGCUGAUGAAUUUGAAAAAUUGGUCAGAAGCUCUCCUAACAGCAGUUUUGUUUGGAUAAAGUAUAUGGCAUUCAUGCUAUCUAUGGCUGAUGUGGAGAAAGCCCGUGCAAUAGCUGAGAGGGCUUUGAGGACAAUCAAUAUUCGGGAAGAGAAUGAGAAGCUUAAUGUCUGGUUGGCUUACUUUAAUCUGGAAAACGAAUAUGGAAAUCCUCCAGGGGAUGCUGUAACCAAAAUUUUUCAACGAGCGUUGCAGUGUAAUGAUCCUAAGAAGGUUCAUUUAGCGUUGCUGGGAAUGUAUGAGAGGACAGAGCAACAUAAGUUGUCAGAGGAGCUCCUGGACAAGAUGAUCAAGAGGUUCAAACAUUCUUGCAAGGUUUGGCUAAGGCGAAUCCAGAGUUUGUUAAAGAACGGACAAGAUGAAGUUCAAUCAAUCGUAAACCGUGCACUACUAAGCCUUCCACGACGUAAGCACAUUAAAUUUAUCUCACAAACAGCUAUUCUUGAAUUCAAAUGUGGGGUGGCAGAUCGAGGUCGGUCAAUGUUUGAAGGAAUUCUUCGAGAGUACCCAAAGAGAACGGACUUGUGGAGCAUCUAUCUUGAUCAAGAAAUUCGGAUUGGUGAUGCUGAUAUGAUACGUGCUCUGUUUGAGAGGGCAACUAGUUUAUCUCUUGCUACCAAGAAGAUGAAGUUCUUAUUCAAAAAAUAUCUGGAAUAUGAAAAGUCUGUUGGUGAUGAAGGACGGAUCGAAUCGGUGAAGCAAAAGGCACUGCAAUACGUCGAGAGUGCACUAGCCUGAUGAAUUUCAACCAGCUGCACUUCAUUUGCCAUGGCAGGUUAAUUGCAAAAGCAGACACCAUCCUAGAACUCGAAGAUCUAACUAGCGUCGUUUGACUAAGAACUCGACAGCGCCCCCACAUUUUUGUUAGUUGUGAAGUGGAGGGGUUUGUAUGAGUAUUUUCCUUCUGAAGUUCUCAGUUAUGGUAAUCAGACAAAGUAAGAUUGUAUUCUCCCUAUCCCAAUUUUGUAUCAUAUUAAGUUUCUCUUACAAUUACAACAAGAACAACUACAUUUUUUUGCUGGUUUCAGUGAAAAUUUGUCUCAUAUUUUUUUAUUCUAAAGUGGUAUGAUAUAAACCUGAGAACCAUAUAACAAUUGGGGAUUGCAAAAAAACCAACCUCAUACUUUUCUUUUUUCGAAAUUGUUAGCUUAAUUUGGAA